GGUUUCAUUACCUUUCUUUAGUUGUAAAGCGUCGUGAAUAUUGUAAAAGAAAGUAACGCGUUGAUGUCCAUCGUAUGAGUAGAUAGUUUGUUGUUCUCAGUGUCUCAAACACAGCCGGGCUUACAACAUGCCUCGACAGAAACAACUCUCGCGGUUUUUAUUAACCAUCGUAAUAAUAUCAUAUUUGUCUUUUGGGGUGCAUGGAAAAUUAAGAAGUAAAAGAAGUUUAACGGAUGUGAAGUGUCUUGAAAAUGGAAGGUUUUAUAGGAACCCAGACCGAUCAGAGGACACUAUGUGGACUACUGACGAGUGUGCAAAGUACUAUCUUUGCUUGGAUGGCGACGUGUUCGAGUUCCAUUGCUCGCCCGGUUUGAUGUUCGAUGUCAACAGGCAGCUGUGUGACAUGCAACAGAAUGUGCACAACUGUGAUUUAACUAUGGAGACAAGAAUUCCGAAGCCUCUAUUGGAUAUGGCAGACUGCGCCAACGACACACACAUAGGUUGCUCAAACGGCAAAUGCAUACCAGCUGAGUACUUCUGUGACGGCUCCAUCGACUGCACGGACGCCUCCGAUGAAGGCUGGUGUGACGUCAACUAUGAUCCUAACGCGGCGGCACCGUGUGACCCGAACAUGUGCCAACUGCCAGACUGUUUUUGCUCAAAGCAGGGUACUGAGAUACCUGGAAAACUUGUUCCAAGUCAGACUCCACAAAUGAUUACACUAACUUUCGAUGGCGCUGUGAAUCACGAAAAUUGGGACGCUUACACCAAGCAU